AAAUCCGUUUGCUUUUUUUCAUGUUUCUCAUCAGUCAAUCCGAAAGUUCUCAACUUUGUGUUCUUGGGCUUUAACUUCCUCUGUCUCUGCGUGUUUUGUGUUAAUUUUUCCCUCCAAAUCAAUAAUAGUACACUGGAGCAUCAUGUUUUUUUAGUUUUAUUGCUUUUUGGGUUUGUUGGAUCAGUCAUUUGCUUCUGGAUUUCACAUGCUUACGCUGUUCUGUCGAUGUAAAUCCAGAGUGCCCGCGGCAAGGUUUUCAUAUGCUUAUCAUAUGUACUAGACGCUACGGCACAUACGAUGCGUGUGUAGAAUGUAAUUCGUGUUAUGCCAAAGACGUGAAGAGGAAAAUCUUGAGUUUCGAUUAAUCUGUAAUGAAAUCUGAGUGGUAGAAAAGAGGGGAGAAAGAUAUUUGGGGUGACAGUUUUUUUUCUUUUCUUAUUGGCUGUUUGUUUAAAGUGGUAAAAGAAAGUGUGAGCCAGCCUCAAAAUGGUAGAUAUGAAUGUCAAAGAAGUAACUGAUUUAUAAUCGAGAUUAGUUUAUGGGUUUGAGAGAGAGAGACUGUAGUUACAUAUUUACAUGUAUCCAAGAUAAAAGAACAAAAACACGCUAAAAUUAAAAAAUAUUCACUUACACCCAGUUAAGAAUCCCUUUUGUGGGUCACUAGCGGUUAGGGCACACGUUAUGUGUGUGCAAGUUGUGAGGAAGAAAAUAUCAAAGAAGUAACUGAUCAAUUUUUUAGAUUAGUUUAUGAAUGAGGAAGGGGAGAGAAAGAGUUUUGAGGGAAAGAGGAAUGGGAAACUGUAGUUACAUGUAUCCAAGACAAAAGAUCAAAAACACACUAAAAUACGAAAACACUCACUUACACCCAGUUAAGAAUCCUCCUCUCACCAUAUGCAAUUGUUUCUCUCUCCUCGCCGACUGGGGUCAUGAAGUGUUGGGACUUUGGUCUUUGAAAUUGUAAGCGCAGGCUUUCUUUCUCUCCUUCCGGUUACCAAUUGGAAGUGCAGAAUUGGUCUGUAAACAUUCCUUCUCCUACCGGGAAGAUGAAGUAAAGGAGUAGUUGAAGAGAUGUGGAGACGUGGGUGUGACAGUUAUGUUGGAAUUUUACUAUUCCGUCCCUGGCAGUUUUUUGCCAUCCACCGUUGAAAAUAUGCAUUUUUCGGUAUAAGUAAAAGUCAAUACAGCUUCAUUAAUUGGGCGACACCAAGUUGGUGCUCUCACUUUAUUUAUUAGAUAGAACAGAUAGAUGGUAGAUAAGUAGAACUGUAAGUUCAGAAAGUUUUGUUUGAGUUAAUUCAUCUCUUAGUUACAGCAUUCUCUUGUGGAUUUCUUCUGUGUGUGUUUAACUUGAUGUUCUUUUUAGCAUAGAUUCUUCCUAAUCUAUUUGUCUAUUUUGAUUCUAUCCAUGUCAAAUAAUGAUGAAGAAAAGGGGAAGAAGAAUUUACGAAAGAAAAUCGGAUUUCUAAAACUUAGGAGAUGGAGAGACGAGAGUUGAGCUAGAGAAUCAACCACUAAUGGUGGAGACUGAAGAGUUCUUCGAUGCUGUUUCAGCUACCCAGCAAAGGGAUGAUCAAGGUUUGGUUCCUCCACGAGCCACUGACCCUGGUUGGGCCCAUGGAGUCAUGGUCAAUGGUGGUCGGCAAAAGAUCAAGUGUAAAUACUGUCAUAAAGUUAUUCUUGGUGGUGGAAUUUCCCGAUUAAAACAACAUUUAGCUGGAGAAAGGGGAAAUGUAACUGCAUGUGAGGAGGUACCGGAGGGUAUUAAAGUGCAAUUUCAACAACAUUUAGGUUUUAAAGUUCUUGAAAAGAUGAAGAGGCAGAAAAGAUUUAGAACUGGAAAGAGUUCCUCUGUCUACUUCGACAAUCCCGGAGAAAAUGAUGUAAAGAGGAAACAUCCUAAAGUAGCUUCUCGCCGGCCAGAAAGAAGGGCAAAAGAGGUUGAUGAGGGGAUAUCUUAUCGUGUGAAGAAGGACAAGAAGCAUUUGAAUCCAACAGCUAUCCAGCCUAUUCCUGUUGCUCAGCCUCCAAUCCAGAGUUUGGCUUCACAAGAAUGCAUUGAUAAGGCAGAUAUGGCUAUAGUGAAAUUUAUGUUUGAUGCCGGUAUUCCUUUAAGUGCCUCAAAUUCAUGUUAUUUCCAGCAGAUGGCAGAUGCUAUUGCUGCUGCAGGUCCUGGUUAUAAAGUGCCUUCUUACCACUCUUUGAGUGGUACAUUAGAAAAUAGAAGUGCUCAAGAGGCAGAGGAACUAUCCCGUGAAUGGAGAAAGUCUUGCGAAAUGACUGGGUGUACUGUCAUGGUUGAUAGGUGGGUAGACAGAACUGGCCGCAUAGUUAUAAACUUCUUUGGUUACUGUUCAAAGGGUACAGUAUUCCUCAAAUCUGUUGUUGCUACUGACAUUGAUAAAUCAUCUGAAGCACUUCUGAGUUUGUUUGAUAGUGUUGUCCAAGAGGUUGGACCCAAUAAUAUUGUCAACUUUGUGACAGACGCUGAACCAAGUUAUAAAGCUGCAGGGAAAGAGUUGAUGAGGAAGUACAGAACCUUUUUCUGGAGUGCCAGUGGUGCAAGCUGUAUUGAUCUGAUGCUCGAGGAAAUUGAAAAAAUGGAUGAAGUCAAAGAAGUUAUGGCGAAGGCUAAACGAAUAACACAGUUCGUGUAUAAUAAUUCUUGGGUCCUUGAUUUGAUGAGGAAGAAGACAGGCGAAAGAAACAUUAUUCGACUUGGAAUAACCAAGUAUGCUUCAAACUUCCUGACACUGCAAAGCAUUGUCUCUUUGAAAGAGCCUCUCCAUCAGAUGUUCACCAGUGAUACUUGGAUGCAGUCAUCUUUCUCUAAGCAAAGUGUGGGGCUUGUUGUGGGAGAUAUCGUGAUGGACCCGCGUUUCUGGUCAUUUUCUGACCAAACACUAAAGGCCACACAACCUCUUCUUGCUGUAUUACACCUCCUUGAUGAAGACAGACCAUCAGUUGGUUUAAUUUACGAUGCAAUGGAAAAAGCAAAGAGAAGCAUCAUUACGGGUUUUGACGACAAUGAAUCUAUGUACUUACCCUAUUUAGCUGUUAUUGAUCGUAUUUGGCAGGAGGAACUCCAUAGCCCCCUUCACGCAGCUGGUUACUAUCUGAACCCAUCCAUAUUUUACCACCCCAGUUUUUCAACUAACAAAGUCAUUCGGAAAGGGUUACUUGAUUGCAUUGAGACGUUAGAAACUAACUUGACUGCUCAGGUAACAAUUACAGGCCACAUUAAGUUCUACGAGGAUGCUGUUGGGGAUUUUGGUCGUCCUAUGGCAUUACGUGGUCGAGAGUCACUUGACCCAGCUACUUGGUGGUCUCUGUAUGCAUCUGACUAUUCGGAUCUGCAAAGAUUUGCAGUAAGGGUACUAAGUCAAACUUCUAGUAUAAUCCGGUGUAAAAGGAGCUUGAGCAUUUUUGAGCUUAUGCAUUUAAAGAAGAGGAAUCGGUUGGACCGUCAGAGGUUGAACGACCUCAUUUUUGUUCACUAUAACUUGCGUCUUCAAGAGAGGCAGGACGCAAUUAAAUCAAGAAUAAGGGAUGAAUAUGACUCUUUAUGCUUAGAAGCUAUUGAUGCUGGCAUGGAUGACUGGGUGGAAGACCCUGCAGGCAUGGAGCAUGAGGAUUGUACCUGGAUGGAUUUAACACUUCCCUGUGAAAGGACCGCAGCAGCGAGUCCUAAAGAUGUUUGCGAUGAUAGUAUGGAUGACUAUUGCAGCGAUGAUCGUAAGUGUAUUGAUGUAAAUAAAGAUACGUAAGUAGUAUGUUGCACUUCUAUACAGCUUUUAUUUUAUUUGUAAUUGCAGUAUUGUUGAGUUGUUCGACUUCUUUGGCUAUUAGAUUGGCAUCAACCUAUGAUUAAGCAUAGAAAUCAUCCUGAUAUUCCUCCAGACUUUAUUGUUGCUAUCAGUAGACUCAGAGAAAUCCAUAGUCUAGUUGUAUAAAUUCACUAUUCAGUUGUACUGCAUUCAGAUAUUGGGAUAAAAAUGUUUAGAAAUUUUAUGGUGACCACAUAUGUAUUUGUAGUUAUACUGGAGUACCAUUUGCUAUGGCGUCAA